AUGGCCGUACCUAUCGCGGUUCUUGACUGCGACCUCUUGCUCUAUGGCCGCGGACACAGGACUUUGGAUCGCUUCAAGCUGGAGGAUGUCACGGAUGAGUAUCUAGUAUCCACGUACGGCUUUCCCCGACAGUUCAUUUACUACCUGGUGGAUCUCCUGGGAGCCACGCUCUCACGCCCUACACAGCGGUCCAGGGCCAUCAGUCCAGAGACGCAGAUACUUGCUGCCUUGGGUUUCUAUACCUCUGGCUCCUUCCAGACUCGCAUGGGAGAUGCUAUCGGCAUUAGCCAAGCCUCGAUGAGCCGCUGCGUUGCCAAUGUAACCGAGGCACUGGUGGAAAGAGCCUCACAGUUCAUUCACUUUCCUGAGGAUGAAGCUACUGUACAGACCCUGAAGGAUGACUUUUAUGGGCUGGCAGGAAUGCCGGGAGUGCUGGGGGUGGUUGACUGCACACACGUGGCAAUCAAAGCGCCAAAUGCUGAGGACCUGUCAUAUGUGAACCGAAAGGGUCUCCAUUCCCUAAACUGCCUGAUGGUGUGUGAUUCCAGAGGAGUCCUCCUUAGUGCAGAAACGCAUUGGCCAGGCAGCCUGCCUGACUGCACGGUGUUAGAGCAGGCAGCUCUCACGAGCCAGUUUGAAAGUGAGCUACAUAAAGAUGGCUGGCUGCUUGGUGACAGCUCCUUCUUGCUGCGGACGUGGUUGAUGACCCCUCUUCACAUCCCUGAGACACCAGCGGAGUACCGCUACAACAUGGCCCAUUCUGCCACUCACAACAUCAUCGAGCGUACGUUCAGAACCAUUCGGUCGCGCUUCCGCUGCCUUGAUGGGUCCAAAGGCACCCUGCAGUAUWCUCCAGAGAAGUCCAGCCACAUCAUUCUGGCCUGUUGCGUGCUUCAUAACAUCUCCCUGGAACAUGGAUUGGAUGUGUGGUCUUCACCAGCCACAGGACACAUGGAACAACCAGAAGAAGAGUACGAGCAAAUGGAAUCAGUGGACUCGGAAGCCUGUCGUGUUCGUCAGGAGCUUUUACUUACCCAUUUUAGCUAAUGUUGUGACAGAGCGAAAGCUUUUGACAGUUUGUCUGGGAAGUUAUCUGAAGCAAAUAGGCACCUUCUUCUUCUUUAAGCCUGUAAAGACUUAAGCAGAGACAAGAAAUAAUUUUACUUUUUUCAUUUCAGGCAAAUUUCUGAACUUCUCUUAAUCUCWCCAGAGAGGCAAUUUAAUGGUUAAAUUUUUGCUGUCAUGGUGCUUAGAGACUCACCUAUCGCUUGACUUAGAGAACAAUGAUUAAUGUGACAUUAGUGAGGAAAUAGGGGAAAUUGCCUUUUAUACUGAUGGUAAAUUUGUAAAUCUUGCACUGUUUUAGAAAGCAACAAUUCUAUGCCACUCUGUAACUCAAAACACAAUUGAUUUUUAAACAGUAUUUUGCACAAAUUAAACCUUCACACGAGCUCCUGUCUACUAUGAAUUCAUGAGCAGCAAAGCAAACAUUUUUCUUUUUGUUUGCAGAUAUGAAUAAUUCUUGCUCAACACCAUUUUGCCACUUUCUGUGUCUCACAAACCCCAGCGAUCUCUGGUAGCUGUGUUCUGGGAGAGGUCUGACUUUUUGCUGGGCACACACUAGUGUUUGCACAUACCUAGAAAGGUUGAAUGUUCUUUCUUUCCCAAACAGGCUGGAGAAUAYGUUAUGCUGUGGUUAACUCUGUUGGGUGCUUAACAGGUAUCAGGAAAUAGGCUAGUGAAGGUGACUGUGGUUUUGUCUGAUGCAGCAGGAAACUGGUUAUUUUGUUGGCUGCUAUCUGAAGAUUGCAGUCUGAAGAUUGCUAUUGCAKUCCAGAGAGAAACCUCUCACUGCAUCUAACAAGAAGUAAGCUAGCUAGCAAGAAUGUGUAUCAGGGUAACUCCUGCAAGCUGCAAACCCAGCUACCAGGAGAGAGUCCGUGAAUGAAAAAAAUUGUGCCAGAGCAUCUYCAGCUCCUGCCUCUCCCUCUGGACCCAGGUUACGGCUACAGGACCCAUUUCUGGGCAUAAAGUAGAUGAUAGGGAAACACAGUAAUUAUCAUAUAAUCACCGCAGGACAGUCAYAAAAAUUGACAUGACUGCAAAAAUUCUCCAUUUAGAUUAAAGAUGAGGUGUGGAAAGGCUGCUCUAGCACUGCUGGCAAUCUCCCUCUUCAGUGGAACGAGAUGACUGAUGCACACAGUUGUUGCUGGCACAAGGCCGGACAGUUUCCUGGAAAUGUUCUCUUUCUACAAGGCACAAGWGUUUACAAGGAUCUCAUGACAGCAGUCUAGGAAAAUUUUGUUUCUUA